AUCCGGGCACGCGGAACAGACACGUUCGCUGCUGGAUGGAACUCGUCGCGGGUUGCUACGAGCAAGUCCUUUUUGGGUUCACUGUACAUCUGGAGCCCGAGGCAUGCGGCGGCCACAAACAGAAAUGGACUCCUGUGGCUGACUUCACUCACCAUGCCCACACUGCCUCCUUGUCAGCAGUGGCUGUGAAUAGUCGUUUUGUAGUCACUGGAAGCAAAGAUGAAACAAUUCACAUUUACGACAUGAAAAAGAAGAUAGAGCAUGGAGCUCUAGUGCAUCACAAUGGUACAAUAACUUGUCUGAAAUUCUUUGGCAACAGGCACUUAAUUAGUGGAGGGGAAGACGGACUCAUCUGUGUCUGGGAUGCAAAGAAAUGGGAAUGCCUAAAGUCCAUUAAAGCUCAUAAAGGACAUGUGACCUUCCUUUCUAUUCACCCGUCUGGCAAGCUGGCCCUGUCUGUAGGUACAGAUAAGACAUUAAGAACAUGGAAUCUUGUGGAAGGAAGAUCAGCAUUUAUAAAAAAUAUAAAACAAAGUGCUAACAUAGUGGAAUGGUCCCCAAAGGGAGAUAAAUACAUAGUUGUCAUACUGAAUAAAAUAGACAUCUAUCAACUUGACACUGCAUCGGUUAGUGGCACCAUCACAAAUGAAAAGAGAAUUUCUUCUGUUACAUUUCUCUCAGAGUCUGUCCUUGCAGUGGCUGGAGAUGAAGAAGUUGUAAGGUUUUUUGACUGUGAUUCACUAGUGUGCCUCUGUGAAUUUAAAGCUCAUGAAAACAGGGUAAAAGACCUGUUCAGUUUUGAAAUUCCAGAGCAUCAUGUUAUUGUUACAGCAUCAAGUGAUGGCUUCAUCAAAAUGUGGAAGCUUAAGCAGGAUAAGAAAGUUCCCCCAUCUUUACUCUGUGAAGUAAACACUAACGCCAGGCUGACAUGUCUUGGAGUGUGGUUAGACAAAGUGACAGACACGAAAAGUGAUAGCCUUCCUCCAGCUGCAGAGCCUUCUCCAGUAAGUGAAGAACAGUCCAAAAUCAUUAACAAGGAAUCUGGUGACACAGUGCAGGAAGAAGAAAUACAGUCAAAACCCAACACAAAGAAAUGCGGUUCAACCGGUGACAGUAACAAGCCCGCAAAAGGUAAUAACUUGGUGUCAACCAAGAAGAGGAAAAUGGUAGAAAUGUUGGAAAAGAAGAAGAGAAAAAAGAAGAAAGAUAAGUGAUCAUGAGAAUCCCGGAUUUCUUCUCCUUAAGAGAACUCUUUCCAAUAUACUUAAAUGGUUUUUUUCUGAGUAAAACACGGAAUUUCUUCUUCAGGAGAAAAUAUGCAGCUUAAAAAAUCUCUUUAGGGUGUUUUGUUGUUUGUUUUUUUAAUGGUGGUAAAAUUACUUUUG